GCCAUAUUGAACUAAACUAGAGAAGUAGUUCGUCCAUUUAUAUACAUACUAAGACAAUUGUAAGCGAUCAUGGUGGAUGUUGUCGUUUCCAGUGUGGCGUUGCGGCUUGCAGAUCUCAUAGAGCAGCAGAUUCGGAACAAAGUGAAUUUGGUGAGAGGCGUUGAGAAUGAUAUUCACAGUCUCUCGAACGAGCUCAACACGAUAGGCAAUUUGUUGGAUGGUGCGGAGAGGCGAGAAUUUAAGGACAAGAGCGUCAAGGAUUGGUUGAGGAAGCUAGAAGAUGCGUCUUACGAGAUGGACGACGUGUUGGAUGAAUGGAACAUUUCCAUUAUCGAGCUUCAGCAAAAGGUAUGGCCCUUCAUCCCAUCUCCAAGUUUAUUUUUCAAGAAAGUCGUUAUUCGUCACGAUAUUGCCUUGAAAAUAAAAGAAGUGAAGAAACGACUUGAUCUAAUUUUGGUGGAGAGAGAUCAGUUUGACUUUGUGACCUCUCGCCCGAUUUAUGCUUCUCGCGAAUCGUGGCGAGUGCAAACUACUUCUUUGAUCGACUUAGAGGAAGUCUGUGGCCGCGACUUUGACAUGGAAAAUGUGAUAGGCAAACUUGUGGUUGGAGAUGGUAGGAGAGAAGAAUUAAACAUGCGUGUCAUCUCUAUAGUGGGCCCGGGGGGAAUUGGGAAGACAACUCUUGCUAAACUAGCUUAUAACGAUAGUCGGGUAAAGAAUUGUUUUGAACUAAGAAUUUGGAUAUGCGUUUCAAAUCCUUUUGAUGAGUUUGGAAUUGCCAAUGGAAUUAUUGAGGGCGCAGGAGGGAGCAAACCGAAUACAAACCAAUUAGAUAUGCUAUUACAAUGUCUAGGAAAUUCCAUUUCCGGAAAGAAGUCUCUUCUUGUCCUGGACGAUGUUUGGACAGAAGACGAUACCAAGUGGGAACCUCUUAAAAACACCCUCAAACACGGUGGAGCGGGUAGUAAGAUUUUGGUGACAACUAGAAAUCAAAGGGUUGUCGUAAUGAUGGGUGGUGUUAAGAACGACAUCCACCAUUUAGGACAUCUGUCGCAUGACGAGUGUUGGUUGUUAUUGGGUCGGAUAGCCCUUUCCGGAAAGAAUAGGGAGGAACGCGAAAAAGUCGAGAACAUUGGUAAGGCUAUUGCUAGGAAGUGCAAGGGGUUGCCGCUUGCAGCAAAGACUUUGGGAAGUCUUUUGCGUUUCAAGAAUACCUUGGAAGAGUGGGAGGACGUAUUGGAUAGUGAAAUAUGGGUGUUGGAGGAGAUAGAAGUUGACCUCUUCGCCCACUUGCUUCUGAGUUACAACGAAUUGUCUCCGGCGCUCAAGCGUUGCUUCUCGUAUUGUGGCGUCUUUCCUAAAGAUACGGAAAUCGAUGUGGAGGGUAUAGUAACAAAAUGGAUGUCGUUGGGUUACCUAGAAUCCAACGGGAGUAACGGUGGUGACUGGAAAGUUAGAGGGAGAGAGUACUUUGAUAAGCUGGCAAUGCGUUCUCUGUUUCAAGACUUCAAGACGUGUGGUGAUAGGAUAGAAUCGUUUAAGAUGCAUGAUAUAUUACAUGAUUUUGCUCGAUUCCUUAGGAACAAUGGCGGGGUCGGAGCGGGAACGAAGAAAACAAGUUGCCAAACAUGUAACCCUUCGAUAGUUUCCGAUGUCGAAGACUACCGUAGUUUGUUGAACUCAAAAGAACUUCCCGAUCCGCAUCUUUGUGAUUGCCUCACACGUGUGAGGUUGUUAAGCCUAAGGAGAUGUGGCUUGAAAGGUAUUCCGAAAGAAAUAAAAAAGUUGAUUCACUUGAGGUGGUUGAACUUGGGUCAGAAUAAAUUUCACAACGAAGAUAUAAAGUACAUCUGCAAUCUUUAUAACUUGAAAUUUGUUUUGUUGGACAUGUGCCAGCUACAAGAAGUUUCCUCGAAAAUCGGGAAUUUGAUUCACUUGAUACACCUCGACUUGAGCUAUAAUAAUCUUCUAAAAGAGUUGCCGGAGACGCUAUGCAAUUUGUGCGAAUUAGAAACGUUAAAUGUCAAUGGGUGCGAGAGUCUUUCGAGACUUCCCCAAGGGAUAAGCAGGCUCGUCAACCUCAAGCACAUCUACAAUUCUGGCACCGAAUCUCUGGUGCAAUAUCCUCAAGGACUAGGCGAGUUAACCGGGCUUGUCACGUUGAGUCGAUUCGUUUUCGGAGAAAAGUGUUGGAGCGAGUUGGGAUUGUUGAAGAAUUUAAACCGACUCAGCGGGUGCUUGGAAUUGAGAACCUACUCCGAUUACAUAGUAGAAGAUGAGGUGGCCGAGGAAAAGAUACUCGAGCAUAUCCGUGAAGCCGAGUUGGGGAAAAAGAAACACAUUCAAGAACUCCGAAUAUAUUUUUCCGGACACGAGAUUCUAGUAGAUGCUUUGGAGCCACAUCCAAACCUACAAAUUCUUUAUAUUACCCUCUCAUAUGAGCAUCGACUUCCGAAAUGGAUCUCGUCGCCCCUUAACCAACUCAAAUCUAUCACCCUCUCCGAAUGUACACACCUUUCGUCGCUGCCGUCUCUAGGUAAACUACCCCUUCUCGAGAAUUUCGAGAUCAAAUUUGAAACUGUUUGCGAUUCUCGAUUGGAGUUUGUUGGACGCGAAUUCCUCGGAAUAACAACAACAGUAACAACAUGGGAUCUUUUAUUUGAAAAUUGUUCAUCUUCUUCAAACACUAUCGCGUUUCCCAAGUUGAAGAAACUUCAAUUUAGGAAUUGUAGGAGAUGGAGAGAGUGGGAGGAUAUUACGGCCGAAGAAGAACAUUCGGCCGCCGUCGCGUUGAUGCCUUGUCUAACGGAGCUGAUUAUUCGAAACUGCUGGGAAUUGGCGAAGCUGCCACAUCGCCUCCUGCGGAAAGCGUCGUCUUUGGAAUCGUUGCAUAUUUACGGUUCGACGCAGCUAGAACGAUUUUACGUGGAGAGGAAGGGACAACCCUGGAAAUCCAUAUCAAUAUCCCACCAAAAUCCACAUUUUGUAAUCAAACAUUUUUAGUUGUCUGUAAUUGAACUUCCGUUUUUCAUUUUCUACGCCAACACAUUAUUUACCAUUUUUCAAUAAUGUAUUGUAACCUUUUUGGUUUAGCAUUCAUUGGCUUCUUAUUAUAUUUGACUUCCCUUUCUCUUGUAGAGAAUAUAGAAUCCAGUUAUUUUAACUAUUAAAAUUCUUUUUUUUUUCUAUUUAUUUAGGGUAA